UGGCAAUAAUACAAAAAAACAGUGUUUUUAUUCUGGAGUGACUCAACAAGUAAGUGCUGGUGUUAACUACCAAAUUUGAAAGCUUUUUGUGAUGAAAACAAAAAUUGUAACUAAUUAAUUUCAGAAAAAAUGAUGGAAUAAAAAAAUUACGGGUUUUUAAUAUUUUCCCAAAGAUUAGGAAACUCGCGUUAAUUAUUUGGUCUUGAAAAUAUUAAAAGCGGGUAUUCUAAACAAACAAAUUAUCAACCACACUAAUGGUAAUUCCUUCUAAGAAAUGUGUGAAACCAUCAUACCAACCUACAAAUGAACUUUGCAAUACGCUCUAAGUGUCAGGUAGCCGAACCGCUCCAACAUUUGCGGAAAUGUUGUGAAAAGAAAGGCGGAAAAACUUGACUCGAGUUACAGGAGCCAAAUAAGAAUUUGCCGCCAAUAACGACAAAAUGUUUCCGUCGUUCCCACGACAGUCGGGUCUACGUAAGUGGAACAGACCCGGACUUUUAUUCGGCCAAACAGUGUCAAAUUGGCAGAAUCUGCCGCUACAACAACAACAACGACGUUUGAACGUCGACUUAGUUGCGAUCGCAAUAGCAAUAUAAAAUCACAGUGAUUUAAAAAUAGCAAUCACUGAAAUCACAGAUAUCGAAAAAUCACUAAUCGCUCAUCUCUAUUGCAAACGUAUACAAAUAAAGUGAUGGCUCUAUUAAAUUGACCCUCUAUUAAGCGGACAUUUCCAUCAACCAUGCACAUAUUUUUUUAUGUUUUUUGAAGCUGCUUUCUCAAAUAUACAUAAUAAGCAGCUUCAAAUUCGUUAUUUUUUUUGCAAUGAAAUUUGUUUGUAUGAACAUAAUCAAAAUUAAACUUCAAGUACAAUCCCUUGGAUUCUUAUACCAACAACAACUUUUUCGCCUUUAUUUGUAAAUAAAAUUUUCACUGUUGUUGGGUCACCGAUUGCAAACCACUGCAUUCUUAAACCAUAUGUUCUUAUAUAUUUUUUGCUAUUUCUACUUCUUCUUAUUUGCCUAAUAUUCAAGGUUAAGCAUUAGAAGUCAUUCACCUCAAUGCAGUUAAUAAUUGUAUUUGCAUUGUGUUUGCUUGCGUUUGCUCUGUAUACUUUUGCUAACGCUAUGCUCCGCUCACGCAAUUACACGUAUGUUUGUUUGUGCAAAUUAGUUAGCCCUACUUAGCAUGUACUAAGCUUAAUAUGUAAGUAGCAUGUUGCAAUGCUGCAUUCCCAUUUUUACAUUUCUCUUUUAAUAUCUAAAUUAAAUAUGAAGAAGCAAUAGCGUUAAGUAGGUACUUAGUUUUAUGGACUGUUAGAAGUACAUAACAUAUAUAUGUAUAUAUGAAUUAAUACAAAGCGGAAUUAUGUACAUAUUAAGCGGUAUCGAAAUAUUGUAUAGAAUAUUAUUUAAGGAGAAGAAUUGUGCAAAUAAAGUUAGUCUAAUACCUGACCACCUUACAGUGUCGUUACUCGGCCCUUUGCUACAAUUUGGCUUUACUUUUCGCUGUUUUUGUGAAUUUGCGCGGUUAUAGAAAAAGCUUUAUAGCCCUACAUUUUUUGGCGCCCAACGUGGGGCACGAGUAAAUUGUUUCGUUGUUCGCAUAUCUUUCGAAGUUUGGUGGUCAGUAUUAGACUGCAUCGUGGGACAUCAUCAUCAUUGGAUCUUCACCAUUGGUCAUCUUUACCAUUGGACACAUCAGCCGCGAUCGCACACAGAACAGCACAUCUACUUGUCGCCGCUACGUUUCGCUAGUACCACUUCCGUCAGGUGAUAUUCGCAUAUUUGUUUCGCAUAAAUACAAUAUUAAAAUCCGUUGAUACCAUUUUACAAUAAAUUAACAAAUCAUUUAUUACUCAACUACUCACUAGAAGGAAAAUUAUAAUAAUUUGAAAUAAUUUGAAGUCAGUAUAAAGCACAUAGAUCGUUCUACAAUGUCUUUGGACGAACUAAAACAACAACGCACCAGCACCAAGAAAAAUAUCACACGAAUUAAAAAUAUCAUCGAUGCUAGCUUACGACCAGGUGGAAAAGUUCUUUCAGUAGCGGAAUACAAAUGUCGUCUAGGCAUCCUGGAGUCAUACUUCAAGCAGAUUCUCUCAAUUCAAACGGACAUCGAAAGAUUGGAUUCUGAGGACGGAGGACGUGCUGACCUGGAAGAACUUUACGUAACAACUAAAUUGGUUAUUCAAUCACAACUGGCAGAAGAUAACAACGUUUCAUUUUCGGAUACAACUUGCGUGGUACAAUCAAGUUCAAAACUUCCACCACUUAAGCUUCCUACGUUUGAUGGCAAGUAUUCGAAUUAUCAAAAUUUUAUUACCUCGUUCAAACAAAUAAUUGAUCACGAGUUCAAUUUAACAAAUAUUGAAAAAUUCAACCAUUUACGAAAUUGUCUCCAAGGUCAAGCCUUAGAAACUGUAAAUGCGUUUCAGGUUACAAACGAAAACUACCCAAAGGCGUUAGAACGAUUGAAGUUAUGAAACCAAAUGGCAUUCAGCUAAGAAGUUUGAUUGACAAAGCUUCUGCUAUUUAUGGUUCUUUGACAUCACUGGGUAAUGACAGGCAAAUUUCUCAAGCAAUGCUAAUUUACCUAAUAUUGCAGAAGUCUG